AUGUCUCUCUCCGUCAUUCCCGUCUCCAACGAGACCAAGAACACUUCUCACCGCCAGACAAAGGACGGCCGUCGCAUCCGUUAUGAGCUGCAGGUCAUCCAGCAGCCCGAGCGUGCCCGUGCCUGUGGCAGUGGCGCCAAGUCGAGUGCUGACCGCCGUCCUGUUGACCCCCCACCCAUUGUCGAGCUGCACAUUUUCGAAAACGACCAGGACGUCACCUUCGCCUACAACGCAAACUUCUUCCUGCACGCCAGUCUCGAGAAUGCCCGCCCCCUCGCUGCCGGCCGCACCGCUCCCUCCAUCUCCAGCUCUCCCGUCCUCACCGGCACCCCCGUCGCCGGCAUGGCCUAUCUCGACCGCCCCACCCCUGCUGGCUACUUCAUCUUCCCCGACCUCUCCGUCCGCCACGAGGGCAAGUAUCGUCUCAGCUUUGCCCUGUUGGAGAACCUCAGCGAAGUCAAGGAUCUCGACCCAGACGACCCAAACGUCAUCCACGACGGUAACCGCUUCGUCACCAACCGCUGCGAGGUCAAGUCAGCUCCUUUUGCCGUCUUCUCCGCAAAGAAGUUCCCAGGCCUGUCCGAGAGUACCGCCCUCAGCCGUAUGGUCGCCGAGCAAGGCUGCCGUGUCCGCAUACGCCGUGACGUGAGGAUGAGACGCCGUGAGAACAAGAGCACCAAGGACUGGGAUACCUACGACGACGACAACGACUAUGGACAGCAAGCACGACGCACCUCAACCCCCGAGUCCUAUGGCCAACAGCCCGGCAUGCCGGCCCCGGGCGCUCCCCUAGAUGAACGUCCUCGCUCCAUGUCUGAUGCCAGCAAUGCUUCGCUCGCGCCUCCUCGCCGCCCCAGCAUGGAGGACAUGGCGCAGGCACAGGCACAGGCCUACCAGCAGCCAAGCACAAGCUACCAGCAAAUGCCCCCGCCUCAGACGAACGGCUACUCUCACGUACCAGCCCAGCCCCAGUAUCAGCCUCCGUAUCAACAGCAACAGCAGUAUGCGCCUCCGCCAGCAAGCCACAUGAUGCAGCCGCCUCAGCCCUCGUACUCGCAGCCGCCUCAGCAGCAACCCCAGCACCAGCACCAGCACCAGCACCAGCACCAGCACCAGCAUCAGCAUCAGCACCAGCCUCCGUCUCAGCCUGCCUACAGCAGCUACCAGACUCACGCCCCAAUGCCAAUGAGCCAGUCGUACGGAUACCCAAGCCACCACCAGCAGCAAUCUCACUACGAGCCCCGCCAGGAACAACCCGCCGCGCACCAUCAACCGAUCGACUACCGGAGGCCUUCGAUCCCCCAGCCGACUCAACAAUACGCACCCUCAAGCCAACAACCGCUCAUGUCGCCCUACAGUCCUGUAGACGCCUACCAACAACGCUCGCAGUCCCUCAGCCAGCCUUUGCAGCCCAUGCAAACACCAGCGCGCGCUGCCUCGAUAUCUGGCCCCAGCACUAUGCACCCGCACAACAGCCACGCUCUGCCCACACUGAAGACGCUGCAACCACCCAUUGGCACAGAAAAGCUGGACCCCGUCUCACCCUCAUACAACUCUCCCAUGAACACCCUCUCUUCUGCUACCAUGUCUGCCAACUCGGACGCUACCAACGCCAACUACGCUCUGCACAGCUACCCUGCCGCGAGUCUUCCGCCCAUGUCAGCUUCUGGACAAAAACGAUCCUUCUCCAGCACCUUCGAUCAGAGUCACAUGACGCAGCGUCUGACGCAAGGUGCGCGACCGGUGCCGUCGGGACCGGGCUACACCUACGACGAGCCGGACAUGGAGGAGCCCAUGGACCGAGCGGCCAUGAGCUACCGACGAGCAGACGGCACACAGCGUCAGCGUCACGUUCCAGAGGUCAACGUCUAG